CUCCUCUUUCACAUAGUCGUCGUCGCCAUGAUGGAUUCGAGCGUGAUGGCUGAAUCCGCGUCUGCUGCUGUGCUGAUGGCUGCGUCUGAGGCUGCAGUCGGCAGUGGCAGCGGCUUCACCAACGCCUUCCCGGGCGUCACCACCAAGCAGUACCCUCGUCUUGCACGCCGCGAGACAAGCGAGUCGCGCUACUGGAAGCGCUUCAAGUUCCCAGUGGUCGUCAAAGAGUACUCGGCCGUCUCGCACAUUCACUUUUCGCCCACUGCGCCGUGGGAUUUCGCAGUGACGAGCUCCACUCGCAUCCAAAUUUACAGCAAGAAAUCCAACACGGUCAAGAAGACACUGUCCCGGUUCAAAGACGUUGCAUACUGCGGCACGUUCCGUCGUGAUGGCAAGCUCCUUGUGGCCGGCGAUGAGUCUGGCCUGGUUCAGCUCUUGGACCCGAACAGCCGAUCUGUCCUGCGCACAUUCGCUGGACACCAACGGGCCGUCCAUGUCACUCGAUUUGCCACCGACGACAACCAAAUCAUGUCUGCCGGCGACGAUGCUGUUGUGCGCUGCUGGGACAUUCCGGCCGAGCGACAGGUGCUCGCCCUGACUGGUCACACGGAUUACAUUCGCGCUGGUGUUGUGAGCCCAGUGGCGUCGGAUGUGUGGUUGACUGGAGGAUAUGACCAUAUGGUCAAGCUCUGGGACACUCGUGCUGGCUCAUGCACCAUGUCAAUGAACCACGGAGCGCCGGUCGAGCAAAUCCUGUUCUUCCCUGGCGGUGGUCUUGCCCUGUCCGCUGGGUCCAACCAGAUCAAAGUGUGGGAUGUUCUCGCAGGCGGUCGUCUUCUCCAGACCUUCUCCAAUCACCAAAAGACAAUCACCAGCAUGUGCCUGGACUCGCAGGGCAAGCGCCUGCUCACUGCUUCGCUCGAUCAGCACGUCAAAAUCCACGAUGUUACCGACUACAGCGUGACGCACAGCAUCAAGUACACUGCGCCCAUUUUGAGCAUGUCUCUGUCGCCUGACGACACACAUCUGGUUGUUGGUAUGGCCAAUGGUCUUCUCUCAAUUCGCCAUCGAGCGGUCAAGACCGCUGAAGUGGUCCGCCAGCUCAAGAGCGAGCGCGCCGUUCGGGGUGGCACGUAUCGUUAUUUUGUUCGCGGCAAGACUCAUCAGCCUUCUCAGGAUGAUUUCAAAGUCGAGGUGCGCCGCAAGCGACGACUAAAGCCGUUUGAGGUGUUUUUGAAAAAGUUCCAGUACCAAAACGCCCUGGACGCAGUGCUGAAUACUGGUCAGCGCCCAAUCAUUGUCAUCUCUCUAUUGGAAGAACUUGUCCACCGCGACGGCUUGCGAAUCGCGCUGGCCGGGCGUGACGAGAUCACCCUGGAGCCCCUGAUUGUUUUCCUGAUCAAGAAUAUUGCCAAUCCGCGCUAUUCAUCUCUAUUGAUUGAUUUGAGCAACAUGCUUUUUGACAUUUAUACUCCCGCACUCGGUCAGUCGAUCGUGAUCGAUGAGCUCUUUGUCAAGCUUCAACGCGUCAUUGCCACCGAGAUUGCCUUCCAAAAGCAACUUUACCAAUUGAUUGGCUCGCUGGACAUGAUUCUUUCUUCCUCGCAAUCAUGAAGCGGAUGAAGUUGUCCUGUCCCAUUCAUUUGGGGGAUUUGUCACACUAAUAUGAAUCGAAAUAGAAAAAAUACUGCAGAAAUCAAAAAUAACAAUGGAUGUGGGUGGUUUUUUUUUUUUUUUGUUUGUUUGUUUGAGGGGUCUUUGACAACACCAACAAUGAAUGAAUAAAGAC